CGGCCGCGUCUCGACCAAUCAGCGUGGGCCACGGUAAGGUUUCCUUCUGGUCUUUUUUAGCGGAGGCGCAGCGGCCAGUCGCCUGCGUGUUGUGAGUGGAGCCGAGGAGGAGAGCAGAACCACCGUGAGCAUGAAACCUUUACUUUUAGGAGUGCUGGGCAGUUGCCUGGUGCUGUCGGUCCGAGCCAUGUACUCCUCCAGCGACGAUGUUGUCGAACUGAACCCGUCCAACUUCAACAGAGAGGUCAUCCAGAGUGACAGCUUGUGGCUGGUGGAGUUCUACGCUCCCUGGUGUGGCCACUGUCAAAAACUCACACCUGACUGGAAGAAGGCAGCCACGGCCCUCAAGGGAAUCGUCAAGGUUGGCGCAGUCAAUGCCGAUGAGCACAAGUCCCUGGGAGGUCAGUUUGGGGUCAGAGGGUUUCCGACCAUCAAGAUCUUUGGUGCCAACAAGAACCAGCCAGAGGACUAUCAAGGCGGACGCAGCAGCCAGGCCAUCGUGGAUGGAGCCAUGAACGCGCUGCGCUCUCUGGUCAAAGAGAGACUGAGCGGCAAGUCCGGCAGCUCCGGCUACAAACAGCAGAGCGGCGGCAGCAGUGGCGGCGGUAAGAGCGACGUGGUGGAGCUCACUGACGACAACUUCGAUAGGAUGGUUCUGGACAGCGACGACGUCUGGCUGGUGGAGUUCUUCGCCCCCUGGUGUGGACACUGCAAGAACCUGGAGCCUGAGUGGGCGGCCGCCGCAACCACCGUCAAAGAGCAGACCAAGGGGAAAGUUCGUCUGGGAGCCGUGGACGCCACCGUACAUCAAGGCGUGUCCGGCCGCUACGGGAUCCGAGGUUUUCCCACCAUCAAGAUUUUCCGUAAAGGCCAGGAGCCCGAGGACUACGACGGCAGCCGCUCCCGCGCCGGCAUCGUUGAGCGAGCCAUGGACCUCUACUCUGACAACGCCCCGCCCCCUGAGCUGCUGGAGAUUCUCAGCGAAGACGUCCUGACGAAAGCCUGUGAGGACAGUCAGCUGUGUAUUAUUGCCGUCCUGCCGCACAUCCUUGACACAGGUGCAUCAGGGAGGAACAGUUACCUGGACGUGAUGAUGAAAAUGGCUGAGAAGUACAAGAAGAAGCUGUGGGGCUGGCUGUGGACUGAGGCCGGCGCUCAGAUGGACCUGGAGUCCUCUCUGGGCAUCGGCGGGUUCGGCUAUCCCGCCAUGGCGGCCAUCAACACGCGGAAGAUGAAGUUCGCUCUGCUCAGAGGAUCCUUCAGCGAGACCGGCAUUCACGAGUUCCUCAGGGAACUGUCCGUGGGCAGAGGCUCGACUGCCACUCUGGGAGGAGGCAACAUGCCCAAAAUCCACUCUGUAGAAGCCUGGGACGGUAAAGACGGACAGCUCCCAGUGGAGGAGGAGUACGACCUGAGCGACGUGGACCUCGACGACCUGGAUAAGGACGAGUUAUGAGCCCAGUCAGGCUUUUAAGAUCUGAACCACCCAAGCAGUGGUUGGAUCUGGUCCUGCGCGACCCCCCCGCCCCUCUCCUGUGGAAGAGUGGGAGGUCGGGUCGCCGCGUUACUGAAAAUACUCCAGAGAAGAGACGUGCGACAGACGUGGCGGUCUCGCUUCAUCUUCGACCAACACCGGAACACCAGGGGGCGCUGUGUCACCACCCCUGACUCGCAGACCUGUCAAGGGUUGAUUAUCCCACCAGAAUGAUGUGGACUUAUUAAAAAAAAAUCAAAGCUGUAGACACAAAUUUUUCUUUUUUUGAAAACGGUGAGGUUCAUGGUGCAUUUGUGUCCAGUGUGGGGGAGAAAAAGGGGGACUUCCUGUGUAGAUUUUUCUUACACGACUUUAUUGAACUGUGUGAAAACAAACAUUUUUUUUGUUACAAAAAUAAAAAGGAUAAAAACACGCCACUGCC